AUGGCUUUGGAUUUACGCUUGCAUUCUCCAGCAGGCGCGGAACCCGUUGUUUAUACAUGGCCCCUCACAUCAGGUCAUGGCUCGGACAAGCACGAUGGGGCCCUGGAGAUAGUAGAAACAAUAAGGUGGGUAUGCGACGACCUGCCGGAGAUGAAGGGUGCCUUGGAGAAGAACAUCCUAAGCGACUACGACACCCACUCAUACGAGAGUAUGCGGGCAUUAUGCGACCGCUUCAACCGCGCUAUCGACUCCGUUGUCGCCUUGGAGAAAGGUACUUCACUGCCUGCUCAGCGCCUAAACAAGUACCCGUCCAGAGCAUUGUUGAAACACAUACUGCAACAAACUUAUAACCAAGCCGUUGCUGACCCAGAAAAGUUAAACCAAUAUGAGCCUUUUUCGCCCGAGGUGUAUGGUGAGACCUCUUUCGAGCUAGUAUGUCAAAUGAUAGAUCAAAUAGAUAUCACAGCAGAAGAUGUGUUCGUGGACUUGGGUUCGGGCGUCGGGCAAGUUGUAUUGCAGAUGGCUGCAGCGACACCUUGCCGCAUCUGUUUUGGUGUCGAGAAAGCGGAAGUGCCUAGUAAAUAUGCAGAGAAUAUGGAUUCGAAUUUUAGAAUGUGGAUGAAAUGGUACGGAAAAAAGUAUGGGGAAUAUAAAUUAAUAAAAGGAGAUUUUUUAAUGGACGAACAUAGAGAAAAGAUAAAUUCGGCGACAAUAGUUUUUGUUAAUAAUUUUGCGUUCGGCCCUCACGUCGACCACCAGUUAAAGGAGAGAUUCGCAGAUUUAAAAGACGGCGCCAAAAUCGUGUCUUCGAAGAGCUUUUGUCCACUUAACUUUAGGAUAACAGACAGAAACCUCAGCGACAUCGGGACCAUCAUGCAUGUUAGUGAAAUGUCGCCGCUGAAAGGAUCAGUCUCGUGGACUGGGAAGCCAGUAUCUUACUAUUUACAUAUAAUAGAUAGGACCAAAUUAGAGAGAUAUUUUCAAAGACUGAAAAAUCCGAAACUCAAGGUCAGCAAAAGGGGUAUACAAAAUGGGUGUGAAGAGGGAGAAAGCAGUAAGAGGAAUCUAAGUGCGCCUCCCACUAGGCAAUCGACGCCGGACUUGCUCAAUGGAAAUAGCAAUCACAGUACGGGGUCUUUGCCUGAGAGGAGAAGGAAAGUUGCGCGGCCUAGACCGAUUAGAGGUGAAAACGGACGGACGCGUGCGCGCGCAGCAGUAGCAAAGCGUCGCCCGGCGAGACGCUCCAGUGAUGAAAGUGAUGAAGAGUCCAGCGGAACUGAUGAUGCUCCACCUGGGCCUGAGCCCGCGCCCAGGGAAUGGGGCGCUCCCUGGGCCUCCUCAUCUGAUUCUAAUCGUCGCGGGCGCAGCUCAAAGCGGAGUGCAAGUGCCGGCGGGGCUCGGAGACGCGCGGCCAGAGCCAAGCGACGCAGGGGUGCGAGGCCUAAUAUAGCAGGACUGGAUUUGUUGCAUUCCACCACGCUGGCUUCCACAAUACAUAAUGGCGCGGUGACGACAGCGCCACCUGGCUGCGUAGAGCAACGCUUGUCAGCAUUGGGAGUAUCCUUACAAUCGCCUGAACGAUUACAUUCAGAACUAGAGAUCCCACGGUCACCGCACACACCAUACAGUUUGCAACUAUUGCUCGAUAUGUUUAGAGACCAGUAUUUAGCUUUUAUCACGCAAAUGAACACACCGCAAUACGCCCACGAUAUCAGACAGCAGAUUGAUAAGGAGAAGGAAAGAAACCAAAAAUUAAAAUCAAGAGCCUCUCAGUUAGAUAAACAAAUAAGUGUGCUAAUAAGUGACAGUGUGGCGCUUCUAAAGGCUAGGAUGAGUGAGCUUGGUAUUCAUGCCAAUAAUACCGUGGACUUGUUGGCGAAGGCAAAGGAAAUCGUCGGGAGACAUAAGGAGCUUCAGAGUAAAGCUAGUAAAUUACAAGCACAGGUAUCAAAUAUAGAAGUGGAACAGGCAAUGCUCGUAAAACAAAGGACGUUUGAAAUAACUGAAAAAUAUCGGCAGCUGGGUCACAUCCCGCCCGACGUCGAAAUAACUCAAAGCAUAGCGCACGACUGCAUAUUAAAGGAGAUAUCGGCGACUCUAGCGCAUAGGAAGAGACUUCACGCACAAGUUGGACAUCUUCAGAACGAAAUAAUUCAGAUGGAGAAAGCAAGUGAGCAACAGAAAGCAACACCGAGCGUUCCCGUUGCUACCGUUAAGCCUCAUACAGUCAAUUCUAAACCUAGAAAGUCUAGGGACCACAGGUCGAGGUCACAAGACUGGCCCGAUGUGCCUGAUGUAGGCAAGAUUGAAGAACAAAACCCAGAAAUUCUAGCUCAGAAAAUACUAGAGACAGGUCGACAGAUUGAAGCCGGCAAGAUCACAAAACCUAACGUUAUAGUUAAUGGGUAUUUGAAGGAUCUAGAUAGACAUGCGGAUCAUAGACAAAAGUCGGCAGUCCAAAUCAAUCGCGCGCACGUACCGGCACGUCCGGGCGUGCCAUUGGCCCGUUCGCCUGUCAAGUCCCAGAAGCCGCUGAACGUGGUCGCCAAAGUCCAAGAAUCGCCUAAGGUCAUCAACUUCGAAGACCGUCUGAAGAGCAUCAUCACCUCUGUGCUUAAUGAAGACCAGGAACAGCGGAAGGCGUCAAGGCUUGAGCCAAGGCAACCCACCCCAAAUCACACGUUCAGUAAUGGUUACGUGAGACCAAAUGCGCCCCAUCAGGGGUAUGUACGGCCGCAAACUGGAAACGCCGUCCAAGCUUACGCCCGCCCCAUUCGGGAUUUACGUGACCCUCGGGACUUACGUGACCCACGGGAAAUACGUGACCCAAGAGAAAUGCGUGACCCUAGGGAAUUGCGUGACCCACGGGAACUACGUGACCCAAGAGACUUGCGUGACCCACGUGAUAUGAGGGAUGUAAGGAGAGAGCGAUACGGGUAUGAACGCCGUGAGCCGAGGCCGUCGCAUGCGCAUCACGAGCCCAGACCGCCUGAUAUGAGGAAUCAUCACCCCGGACAGCCAGAUUAUACACAGGUGUCCCCAGCAAAACUAGCCCUCCGUCGUCACUUAUCACAAGAACGCGUGUCAGGUGGAGCUCGUACUAUCGGGGACCUGGUGAAUGGAGAGAUCGAGCGAACGCUGGAAAUCUCCAACCAGAGCAUCAUCAACGCAGCUGUGCAUAUGAGUGCCCGGUACCAUGAGCCGCCUCAAACACAAACGCAUCAGCCGUUAGAAGGCCUCGCAGCAUGUUUACAAGCGCGUGUCCUAGCGUCGGAGUACUGGCGGGGUCGCGCAGGCCAAAACCCCCCUGCUCCAGGGGAGGCCGAAGACGCAUCAAGGCGAAACACUCCUACGCUUGACCCCCACUCAAAUACAUCCACGCCGUUGGUUGAUGAGAUGCCCGAUCGGCCCCCAGAAGGCGAGGGCGGUGAGGAAGUCGAGGAGAGCAAAUGGCAAGAUCGUAUCGCGUUCAGGUUUGACCAGAUCAUAUCGUUCGCGUCCACCGCUAUGGAGGACAAGCACCGGAGGUCGGACGAGGCGUGUAACACGUCGCCGGACUCGGGGAUAGGCCACGGCGAGGCCGCCCGCCCCACCGCUAACGAGCUGCCCGCCCAAGCCGUCCAGCCGACUGCCCCUCCUCCCACACCGACCAGCGAUCCGGUGAUCACUGAGGUAAACGCCGAGAGCGCUCCCGGAGAAAGCAACGCGCCGAACGAAGCGCGUUCCCCUUCGCCGCCCACGCACCACUUCAAGAAACGGUUCUUCCGUCGGUCGCGGUGGGGUGCUUGGGGGGCGGCGGAGGGGGCUCCGUCCACGCCCCCUCCGGCGCUCGAAUGGGAGAGGCCGCCCAUGUGA